AUGAACUCGCUCACCGAAAUCAAUCGGAAUGGUGCCAUGAAAAGAAACCUGCUUCGUCUGAUGCUCAAAGCCGGAGUUUUCAAAUUUGGAGAGUUCCAGCUCAAGUCAGGCCAAAUCUCCCCAAUUUACAUUGAUCUCCGCGAAUGCUUCACACAUCCAAAAUUGCUGAUGCUCAUCUCGGAAGCGUUGUCAGUGAUGAUCCAAAAGAGCGGCGUGGAGUACUCAGGUGUUCUUGGAAUCCCAUACGCUGCUCUACCGUACGCAUCCGUCGCCGCUGGUCAUUUCCUCGAAAAACCACUUCUGAUUGUUCGAAAAGAAGCAAAAGCGUAUGGAACGAAGAAGCUGAUCGAGGGACUCUACCAGCCUGAUGAUCAACUGGUCCUUAUUGAAGACGUUGUGACAACUGGAGGAAGUAUUUUAGAAGUCCUUGGAACUUUGAAGGCGGAAUCACUGGUCUCAAACAAUGUCUUCUGUAUUCUCGAUAGAGAGCAAGGAGGCGCUUAUAAGCUUUAUGAGGCAGGAGUCAACCUUCACAGCCUUCUGGACAUGAAGACAGUUCUGACUUUCCUCUAUUCCACUGGAGCCAUCACUGAGAAGCAGUGGAAUGAUAUCUUCGUGGCACUCAACCUCAAUUUCAUGGCACCCCUCAAGUUGUCGAUUGACACGGAGCUUGAAGAUUUGAACAGUCUCCCGUAUGUCGAUUGUUCCCGUACUCCAUUGAAUGAACGAGAAUCGCUCACCGAAUCCCCACUCAACAAGAAGAUUAUUUCUUUGAUGAAAAACAAGAAAUCCAACUUGUGUCUUGCUAUCGAUUAUACCACAGUGGACCAAGUGCUUCAAAUGGUCGAGCUAGCUGGUCCAUUCGUUUUGGCCAUCAAGUUGCACGCCGAUGCUAUAACCGAUUUCAACGAGGAGUUCACCAAGAAACUGGUGACCAUGGCCAAUGACAUGAACUUUAUCAUUUUCGAGGACAGAAAGUUUGGAGACACAGGAAACACGAACCUUCUCCAGUUGAGCGGAGCACAAAAGAUUGCGAGCUGGGCUGAUGUGGUGACAGUUCAUGCGGUUCAAGGAAAUGAUAGCAUCGGAGGAGUCUUCCGAAAAUUGGCACUUGAUCCAGCUUACAGACUGUCUGGAGUCCUUCUCAUCGCCCAAUUGAGUACCAAGGGAUCACUCACCGCAUUGCCGGGAUACACAGAGAGUGCCGUAGAAAUCGCCAAUAACAACAGAGACGUCGUUUCGGGAUUUAUCGCUCAAACCAGGGUUUCCGCUUGCUCGGAUCUCUUGAAUUGGACUCCCGGCGUCAAUCUUGAUGCUAAAACUGAUUCGACCGGACAGCAAUGGAGAGGGGUUGAUCAGGCGAUCGAUAUCCAACAGAACGACAUUAUCAUCGUCGGAAGAGGUGUCACAUCGUCGAGUGAGCCGGUGCAGCAGCUGAAGAGAUAUCGACAAAUCGCUUGGGAUGCUCUCACCAAAAACGAAACCUCCAUUCACUGA